AUGAAUUCACGGUGGUGCACAAUCGGUGCACACAGGAAAAAUACGUGUCAUCAAGGCAGGUAUCCUGAACAAACAUCGGCCAACGGUGGUGCACAAAAGGUGCCAACGAGUACUACUCCAGCAAACUUUACGCCGGCAAACUCUACUGCAAAUACUACUGCAAACACUACUCUAGUAAACAAUACUUCAACAAACACUACUGCAAAAAAGCUCAACGGUAUGGAUCAGGGUGCCGAUGGCAUAGGCGAUGAGGUCGUUGACAGCGAGAUUGUUCAGCGUCUGAUCAAUAUCAAUGAUCAAUCUCUUUUAUCAACUGAAUCUUAUAAAAGAGUUGAUAACGAUAUCGAUCAAACUAUUAACCAAAUAACACAGUUAAGAUCGUAUACCAAAGUUCAUUUUACUCGCGUUACUAAUCAUGUAAAGAUAUUAUCUACCGGAGAACAUAUUAGACAUUACAUUAUGGCUGGAAAUUCCCGUGGUCUAGGCUUUAACCUUGAGUUCGAUGUGAUUGAAUCUGAACUUUGUAUCCAAAACUUAAAGAUUAAAAUUGAUUCAUACAUUAGACGCGAAAUUGGUCAUUUCGUUGAAAAUAUGGAGAAAGAAGCAAACUUAUUAACAUUUUUCAAAGGAUUCAUCGAAUACGCUCGAUUGAAUAGUCAACGCGAAUUAUUUUUUAAUGCAAUGAAGCAAAAAUUUUCAUUCCUAGCUGUUGAUGUUUGCGCUAAUUAUUUGCUGAAAUUCUCAGAUCCCAAUGAUAGUCGGAUUAGUCCAGAAUUGAUCUUCACGUGGCGUUUAAAUUUAACUUCUGGUCACGUGCAUCCAGAUGUUAGUUUAUUAGCUCGAAUGCCUGAUCAUUGGAAAUCAAAUGAUGAAAAACGGGUGAUUGACCAAAUACCAUACAAUUUUCAAAGGUUGGUGGAACUCAAGGGAAUUCAACCAACAGUUGAAAUGAUUGUAAAGAGUAUUUUUUCAGAUGUUUAA